AUGGCGUCCUGCAUUUACUUUUGUGAUAGCAAAGGGAGGUCUAUUCUUUCGAGGCGGUAUCGAGACGAUAUUUCUCCAUCUGCAAUUGAAAAGUUUCCAUCUCUUUUGGUAGACAGCGAGCAAGAAUCGAACGUUAUUCCACCCUGUUUGACUCACAAUGGAAUUCAGUAUCUGUUUAUUCAGCAUAACGAUCUCUACGUUUUGACCAUGACAAGGUCCCUAUCUGUGAAUGUUGCUCAGGUAUUUGCCUUCCUUUACAAAUUGGUUGAUGUUUUGGCCGAAUACGUCAAAACAGUAGAAGAAGAAUCUAUCAGAGAUAACUUUGUUAUCAUUUAUGAACUUCUCGAUGAAAUGAUGGACUAUGGUAUUCCUCAAAUAACGGAAACAAAGAUGUUGAAGCAAUAUAUUACACAAAAAUCUUUCAAGCUCAUUAAGUCUGCUAAGAAGUCUAAAAAUGUCAUGAGACCUCCUUCUCAAUUGACGAAGUCUGUGAGUUGGAGACCGGAAGGCAUCACAUAUAAGAAAAACGAAGCUUUCUUGGACGUCAUAGAAUCGAUUAACAUGCUCAUUACAGCCCAGGGCCAGGUACUUAGGUCAGAAAUUCUAGGGACCGUUAAAGUGAAAUCACAUUUAUCGGGGAUGCCCGAUUUGAAACUAGGUUUAAAUGAUAAAGGAAUAUUUACUAGUGAUGGAAAUGCAUCCCAGGUUGAUUCUAGUACUCAAAAGCGAUCAAACAUUGAGUUGGAAGAUCUAAAAUUCCACCAGUGCGUUAGGUUGAGCAAAUUCGAGAAUGAGAAGAUCAUCACCUUCAUUCCACCUGAUGGUGAUUUCGAAUUGAUGAAUUACAGACUUUCAACCCCCAUAAAGCCUUUAAUUUGGUGUGAUGUCAAAAUUCAAGUGCAUUCCAAGUCAAGAAUUGAAAUCCAUUGCAGAGCAAAAGCUCAGAUCAAGAAGAAGUCCACUGCAAACAAUGUAGAAAUUCUAAUACCGAUUCCAGAUGAUGCCGAUUCUCCCAAAUUCAAAUAUUCGCACGGAUCCGUUAAGUGGGUUCCGGAGAAAAGCGCAAUCAUAUGGAAAUUAAAAAGUUUUCCGGGUGGUAAAGAGUACUCAAUGGCUGCCCAGCUUGGGUUGCCUUCGAUAUCAGAUCUUGAAAUUCCAAAAGCCAAGAGACCAGUACAAGUAAAAUUUCAAAUUCCAUACUUCACCACCUCUGGGAUUCAGGUACGUUAUCUCAAGAUAAAUGAGCCUAAACUUCAAUAUCAGAGCUACCCAUGGGUCCGCUAUAUAACUGAGAGUGGAGAUGAUUAUACCAUAAGGACAGCUUAG